GGCCGAAAACGCUCUCACCCCACCACCCAAUCUAUUCGCGUGUUGAGUCACCCCGCGACGCUCGUCCGUACUUCUGAAGCUUUGCCGACUAUAUCAGCGAAGCUGGUUUUCUUCGUCUCUCGCCUUGUCGCUGGCGGCUGUCCGCGCAGCUUUACGAGGUUUUUGAGCACUACCACCACCAUGUCUUCCAAAGAGAAAACUCGGAUCUUGUCGGUCCGUCGAUUGAAUAAAGAAGGCCCCGGGAAUAAAUCCCUUUCAGAGUGGUGGGAUAGUGAGCGCAGCAAUAAAACGCCAGAAGCUGCCGCGAUUGAGGAGGCUGCUCAACUCCUUCGGACGAGCAAUAUUCCUGUUGCGUUUCCUACAGAGACAGUGUACGGACUUGGGGCCGAUGCGACACGAAGCGAUGCGGUGCAAGGGAUCUACAAGGCCAAGCAAAGACCGUCAGACAAUCCGUUAAUUGUGCAUAUCGACUCCCUCGAAAUGUUGGAACGGCUACUCAACCCGCAGGAAUCGGGUUCUACCAGCGCAUCCGAUCGCCCAAGAAACUCAAUUCCUUCCGUCUAUCAAUCUUUGAUUGCCCGUUUCUGGCCAGGUCCUCUUACAAUUCUUCUUCCGAACCCAUCUGGGUCACUUCUGGCGAAGGAAGUUACUUCUAAACUGACGACGUUUGGGGCGCGCAUGCCUUCUUCGCCGCUUGCACGGCUGUUGAUCCAUGUUGCGGACCGGCCGCUGGCGGCACCCUCGGCAAACGCAUCGACCAAACCAUCCCCAACAGCGGCGGAGCAUGUGUAUCAUGAUCUUCAGGGCCGUAUCGAGCUAAUCAUUGAUGGUGGCUCAUGCGGUGUGGGCGUUGAGAGCACCGUGGUUGAUGGUCUGUGUGACCCUCCAGCCAUUCUGCGACCAGGCGGUAUUGGCAUCAAAGAGAUCCGGGCAUGUGCGGGAUGGGAAAAUGUACAACUUGGAUACCAUGAUGGUACUCUUGACGUUAAGGAGAUCCCUCGGGCACCGGGUAUGAAAUACAGACACUAUUCUCCCAAGGCACGUGUGGUACUUUUCGAGGCUGGCUCCAAGGAGCAGUCUGUCACCAGGCAUAUCCGCAAGGACCUGGAAGAUACGGCGAUUGGUGCACAUAUGAUUGGUAUUGUACGAACGAAGCACUGGAAGCGGGGUCUCGGAUUAUUAUCUGAUGAAGAGAUCGAGAAAACUCUCAAGCCCCUUCCGUCAUUGGUCGACGGCCUUGCGGGAUUCUCUGUUCCCAUCAAGGGCAACUCUGGUCGUAGUCCCGCAUUUAAGGAGGCUUUUGAUUGUCAUCUCGGGCCCGACGUCGAGUCCAUUGCGCGCGGGCUAUUUGCAGCGCUGCGGGCCAUGGAUGAAAUGGAGGUGGAUGUCAUCUAUGUAGAGGGGAUCUCGGAUCAGCAAGGCGAUCGCGCAGCUGCUGUCAUGAACCGUCUCCGUAAAGCUGCGGGGGCAGAAUUGCGAGUCUGAAUGUAUAGACUUCAUGCCAAAAGGGUAGACGAUGCUCUGGUUACAUAUUUUUCCCUUCUUCCUGGUACCUGGUUAUAGAUAGAGCUUACUAUUGCGUUUAUAAUUCAACUACGAAUUGAGAUGAUCCUCACAAAAAUGACAACAGUUUAUUCCUGACAAAGCUCC